GCUAAGAUGGCUACUGUUAGAUGACGUUAGAUCGUUUCUAUGCACUGAAAUUAUAUGGAAUGAUUUCAGUGUUUGAUCCUUUUACAAAACAUUCGAUGUGAAUUUUUAACUCGCAACUUGUUUUUUAAGUGUUUGAACUUGUCACUUAUUUUUGUUAGUUUGUAUGUAAAAAAAAAAAUCGAUGGACAAUCUCUUAUCAUGUAACAAUGUGACGUUAAUCCUGAAGGAUAGGAAACUUUAUUAUUGUUAUAGGACUUGCUUCUGAAUUUUCUUGUUGCAAAUAAAUAAAAAUAUUACUUGAAACAUAAAUAAACUUUUAGCAGAAAUAAUUUCGCCUGUUUCCUAUUUUUCUCUUACAAAAAAGAUUAUUUUUGUGCUUUCACUAUUCAUCAUUAUUUUUAAAGAUACUUUUGAAUUUUCAAGUUGGAGAGCUUCAUGAUGUCCCAAUUUGUUGCUACGAAAAACCCACCUUGGGUUAGAGCUACUGCUGCUGGUUUAGUUCAGCCUCCACCUGCUGGCUCUUCUAUUAUAACAGCACAGCAAAUAUCCCAUGCUUCUGCCGCAGGAACUGGACUUGCAGGUGCAGGUUUAGGUCCUGGGGCUGGACUUGCACCUGCAACAGGUCUUGCUGGCACUGGACUUACUGCUGGUGGUGCUAAUUCUUUGGCUACAGCCGCUGCUGUGGUUGCAGCUGCACAGAAUCAGCAGGCCCAGCAGGCUCCAGCUGUUAGUGCGUCAUAUGGCACAGGUCUGGCCGCAAUAACUUUAACACAGAGUGCUUUGCAGCAAGGAGCAAUGCUUCAGCAACAAGGGAUUGCCAUUCCUGCUUCAUUAGCUGCUACUACUCAAGUGGCAAAUGUAAAUAAUGGAAUGGUAGUAGAAAUUGCUCGCCUACCACAACCUGGUGUUGCAUUACCAACAUCUCUUGCAACAACUCAGGUAGCUACUGUAAGUUAUCCUGCUCCCAGACUCUUAGCCCAGACCACUCAAUAUCAAGGUCCUCAACCACAUCCUCAUCAAACAGCUGUUGUUCAGCAGGCAGCUGCAGCUGUAGUUCAGCAGCAUCCUGCUCCACAACAACCCCAGCAACAAGCUCAGCAAUAUAAGCAUAGGGUAUUUACUGGCACUGUAACAAAAUUACAUGAAAAUUUUGGGUUUGUGGAUGAAGAUGUUUUCUUCCAAAUGAGUGCUGUGAAGGGAAAUAUACCAAAAGCAGGUGAGAGGGUCCUUGUUGAAGCUUCGUAUAAUUCCAAUAGUCCAUUUAAAUGGAAUGCUACUAGAAUUCAAGUUCUUCCUAAUCAAGUUAUAUCUAAUCAAGUUGUUCAGUUAAAUGUGCCUCAAGGAAACAAUAAUCGCCCUGCCAUUGGACAGCAAGGACCUUUAACUGCAGUAGUAGCUGCCCCUGUAUCUUUAGGAAUUAAUGUUUCUCAAAAUGUGAAUAUGAAUGCUGCAAUUGCAAAUGUAGCAAAUAAUCAAGCUGGUUUUACUACAGUAGCUCAACCUGGUCGAUGGCAAGUUCAGCAGGAAAUGGCUGUCAUAGAAACUUUGGGUCAACAGCAACAGCAGCAAAGAUUAGCUAUUCAACAUAAUAAUCAACAUCCUUGGGUACAAGAAGUGGAUUUUGGUGAAUUAAUGGAUAAUAAAGGACCAAGAAUGUCUAAUGUUGUUAGAAGGCAUUCACCGCCAUCUCGUCGUGAAAGAGAACGAGACAGAGAAGUGCGGAGAGAUGAUAGACGGGACAGAUAUCGUGAAAGAGAGAGGUACUCACCACCACCCAGGAAGCGUUCCAGAUCACCACGGCGAUCGAGUCGUAGCCCUCCACGUAGGAGACAACGAACUGUUCCUCGAUAUACUGUCCAGAUACCAAAAAUAUCCUUAGAUCUUAAAACUGGAAAUGUUAUGGAAUUGCGUAAACGUUAUUCCAAUCUUUAUAUUCCUUCGGAUUUUUGCGCUGCUAGUUUCCUCUGGCAAGAUGUUUUCCCCCUUCAUAGACCAUUUGUAAUGGAUCAUCCAUGUAAUUUUCAUAUUGUUGGGAAAGAUACAGAACCUAUACUUGAAAAUGAUGCAGUCCUUGAACCACCAGAUGCAGACUACACCUACAGUGCCAAAGUGAUGCUUAUGUCCAUUCCAUCGCUGAAUGAAAUAUUCAAGAAAUCUUGUGCCUUAGCACAAGAUGGUGAUGAUGCAAAAGAAAAUUUUGUCCAUCCUACACGGUUAAUUAGCUUCCUUGUUGGUCUAAAAGGAAAGAAUGAAACUGUAGCCAUAGGUGGACCUUGGUCUCCUUCAUUGGAUGGACCAAACCCUGAGAAGGACCCAGCUACUUUAGUUAAAACUGCUAUUCGAACAUGUAAAGCUUUAACUGGAAUAGAUUUGAGCAAAUGCAGUCAGUGGUAUCGUUUUGCUGAGAUCUACUACCGGCGGGGAGAGUCGUCGAGCCACAAAGGCCGCGGCAUGCGCGUCGAAACUGUGGUUCUUUUCGUGCCAGAUGUUUGGAGCUGCCUCCCCACACGUGUAGAGUGGGAUGGCAUGAUUGCUACUGGAUGUUGCAAAAAACCGCUUCAGCCGAAGCUCCCUGAAGAAACUUCAGACCUUGAAGCCCAGGAAGAAGAAGAAGGUGCACCAGAAGCUGAGAAAAAGGAACCUACUCAUUUUUCGGAAUUAGAUCCUAAAACAAUAAAAGUGAAUGAUCUUAAACGUGAGUUAGAAGCUAGGAAUCUAAGUGUAAAGGGAUUAAAAUCACAGCUGAUAGCUAGAUUGACUAAAGCACUGAAAACUGAAUCAGAAAAGGAAUCCGAAGAAAAGUUAGCUGAACUGAAGCAAGAGAAUGUAGAAGAAAAUACUGAUGGUAAUGGUGAAGACGAUAAGAAAAAAGAAAAGGAAGAAGAUAAAAAAUCUAAAGAUGAAAAAGAGAAAGUUGGUGGGGAAAAAAUAAAUUUUCCUGAUAGUCCAGCUGUAAUAGUACAGCCUUCAAGAACUGCAAAAAAUGGAAAAUUUGAUUGUGCAGUUAUGUCUUUGUCAUUAUUACUGGAUUAUCGGCAAGAAGACAAUAAAGAACAUUCAUUUGAAGUAUCCCUAUUUGCAGAAAUAUUUAAUGAAAUGAUGAUGCGGGACUUUGGUUUCCGCAUUUAUCGUGGGCUUGUGGAAGCACCAGAAAUAAAGGAUGAUGAGAAAGAUAAAAAGAAGGGAGAUAAAAAGGAGGACAAAAAAGAUAGAAAAGAUGAAAAAGAUGAUAAUCGUAGAAGAGAUGAUUCUAAUGAGCAUGAAUCGGAGAAAGAUGAUGAUGAAUCGGAAGAGGAUGAAUGUGAUGAUGACAAACGAGAAAAGAAAAAACGAAGGAAAAAGAAGUUACAAAUGAUAACUUAUGAUCCUUAUUUAUUACUUUCUUUUGUGUAUUUUGAUCAAACACAUUGUGGAUACAUACUGGAUAAAGAUAUUGAAGAAAUAUUUUAUACUCUUGGUUUGAUGUUGUCUCGUGCCCAAGCUCGGAAAUUAAUUCAAAAAGUUUGCAAACGUGAAAUUUUUCAUUAUCGUAAAUUAACAGAUCGUCCAGUUGACAGUGAUAAAAUUUGCAAAGCAGAUGUGUCUAAAAUAAAUAUUGAAGAUUUAGCUAUAGGAAACAAGAAAUAUAUACCUUCUCUAAAACACGUGCCCAUGGACAAUUGUAAUUCAGUCAAAAAAGAGAAUGGAUCAAAUUCAUCACUGAUAUCUUAUCAAGGGGCACUUGUUGAUGUUGGUAAAUUGAUGGAGCAGAUCGAACGAAGUGAAAAGGCUCGUUUAAAUACUGAUGAGAGUGUUAAAGAAUUACAGAUACAACUUGAAAAUGUGAAUGAAGCAACAUCUAACAAAGAAAAACUUUCGCAAAAGCUUUCUCAGGAAAUCGAAGAGCUAAAACAAAAACUGCAUGCCACUGAAGAAGAAUUGAGAAGAACUCAGAUUGAAUCAGAAAAAUAUCAUAAAACAUUAUGCAGCCUUAAGGAAGGUCUGCAGUCUUCUCUUUUCUUGACUGAUAAUGCUCUAAACAAAAGCAAAUCCUCAAGAUUAAGAAGCUUUAGAGAAUCAGACAAUUAUAACAUGUGCUAUGACUCUAAUAAUAAAUCUGAUCGUAAAAGUAGAGAUACUGAGAAAGAAAUGAAUGGUGAUGAUGCUGUUGGUUCUGUAGCUAACCAUAAGCAAGAAGCAAUGGAAGAAGAAUAAGUUUUAUAUUCUUUUGUACAUAAUACUAAAUAUUGUAAAUUAUUAUGACUUCUUUUUGUAUUUGCGUACUUGCAAUUGAAGAUGUUGAUCUUUAAUUAUUUUGCAAUGUAUUAGAACUGUGAAUCAUUUUGGCUCAAAAUACAUUAUGUUACUAACUUGUGCAAAA